CCCGCCUCCACAGCGCAGCCUGCUUCCGCUUCCGGCGUUGCGGAGGUCUCGGUGAAAAGAUGGCGACGGCGGCUGUGGCUCGGGUUUCUGCGCUGCUGGGGCGGCGGCUGCAGCCGGCGCGGCCCAUGUCGAGCGGCGCCCACGGCGAGGAGGGCUCAGCCCGCCUGUGGAGGGCCCUCACCUACUUCGUGGCGCUCCCCGGCGUGGCGGUGAGCAUGCUGAACGUCUUCCUCAAGUCGCACCACGGAGAGCACGAGAGACCCGAGUUCAUCGCCUACCCUCACCUGCGCAUCAGGACCAAGCCCUUCCCCUGGGGAGACGGUAACCACACUCUCUUCCAUAACCCCCACAUGAACCCGCUGCCAACAGGCUACGAAGAGGACCAUUAGAGAGAACCCGGACCAGUGCCCGCAGGGACCACAGUGUGGUUUGGACCACAUUCUGCACAGGGACCAGAAGGUGUACGGGACCUCGGCUGACUUCUUUCCUAAUGUAAAAUGAUGACUGACCUCCCAUCUCUGUGCUUAUGGCAGGAGAUGGCUUAAAUAAAUAACUUAGGUUGGCCAUAA